UUGAAGAAUUGCAAGCAAUAUUUCAUGAACAUAACGAAUUGGUUACUACGUUUAAGACAGCACUUGAUCAAAUGCAAUCUGAUGAUCAUAAAAUUGUGAUUAGAGCUGACAGAAGACCGAUCGGUGAACACGAACGAAGAUUUAAUGCACCGCUUAAUAAUGAAAUUGCUAUUGUGAUUGUUGAGGAAGAAUUUCAAUCACGUGAUAUUGUAUUGCGCCGAAGAAAUAAUCAAUUACAACGUGUAUGCGAAACGCAUCGCUGUUAUGACGCACUACAAUAUCCAAUUUUAUUUUGUCGAGGCGAAGAUGGAUACUCUGUCAAUAUAAAAAUGGUUGAUCCAGCAAAUCCACAACGUGAAGUAAAUAAAAACGUAAGCGCCAUGAACUAUUAUGCAUAUAGAAUUAUGAUACGACAAAACCAGGAAAAUCAUAUUUUGAAAGCCCGAAAACUAUUUCAUCAAUAUAUCGUAGAUAUGUAUGCAAAGAUAGAAACAGAACGUUUGAAUUUCAUUCGAUUUAAUCAAAGGAAGUUGCGCUCAGAAGAGUAUAUCCAUCUCAGAGAUGCGAUCAAUAAUGACAGAAAUGUAAACAAUAUUGGACAAAUGGUAAUUUUACCAUCGACCUACACAGGGAGCCCCCGUCAUAUGCAUGAGUACGCACAAGAUGCCAUAUGUUAUGUUCGUUGUUAUGGUCGGCCUGAUUUAUUUAUAACAUUCACGUGCAAUCCAAAAUGGGAAGAAAUUAAGAAAUAUUUGUAUCCCGGACAAUCUUCUACUGAUCGCCAUGAUAUCACUGCAAGAAUAUUUCGACAAAAACUCAAGUCACUUAUGGAUUUUAUUGUCAAAUAUAAAGUUUACGGAGAAGUUAGAUGCUGGAUGUACUCUGUCGAGUGGCAAAAGAGAGGUUUGCCACACGCGCAUAUUUUAAUAUGGUUAGUGGACAAAAUUACAACCGAUCAAAUAGAUGAUGUAAUCUCAGCUGAGAUUCCGGAUCAGACAAUUGAUCCAGAUUUAUUUGAUGUUGUCACUAAAAAUAUGAUACAUGGCCCGUGUGGUGUGAUAAAUGUCAAUUCACCAUGUAUGCAAGAUGGCAAAUGUACGAAACGAUACCCUAGAGCACUCAUUUCUGAAACAAUUACUGGAAAUGAUGGAUACCCUCUAUAUCGUCGACGUUCAACACAGGAUAACGGCAAAUCAAUAACUUUACAAGUGAAUCGUCAAGAUUUUGAAAUUGAUAAUAGAUGGGUAGUUCCCUAUUCGCCAUUGCUAUCGAAAGCGUACAAAGCUCAUAUCAAUGUAGAAUAUUGUAAUUCGGUCAAAUCGAUUAAAUACAUUUGCAAGUAUAUUAACAAAGGCAGUGACAUGGCUGUUUUUGGAGUUGCAGAGAACCGAAAUGAUGAAAUAACUCAAUACCAAAUGGGCAGGUACAUUAGUAGUAACGAGGCAGUUUGGCGAAUUCUGUCUUUCCCCAUUCAUGACCGUAGUCCAGCUGUUAUUCAUUUAGCAGUUCAUUUGGAAAAUGGACAGCGUGUGUAUUUUACUGUUGAUAAUGCUCAGGCAAUUGUAGAGCGACCGCCAUCAACCACAUUAAUUUCUUUUUUUAAAUUAUGUGAAAGAGAUCAAUUUGCUAAAACACUGCUUUAUUCACAAGUACCAACAUAUUACACAUGGAAUGUAAGUUCAAAGACAUGGGAAAGACGUAAAAGAGGAAAACCUGUUGAUGGUUAUCCUGGUGUUUUUGAAAGUGACGCCAUAGGACGACUUUAUACAGUGCAUCCUAGCCAGGCUGAAUGUUUUUAUUUGCGUCUUUUAUUAAUUAAUGUUCGUGGACCAACGUCUUUUUUGAAUUUGAAAAGAGUUAAUGGGCGCCUCUGUCAAACUUACCGGCGAGCAUGUGAAGAAUUGCAUCUACUUGAAGAUGAUAAUCAUUGGGAUGCAACACUUGCAGAUGCAUCCGCAACAGGUACACCGCAUCAAAUACGGACAUUAUUUUCAAUUAUUGUUGCAACAUGUUUUCCAUCUGAUCCAUUGCAACUGUGGCAAAGUUAUCGUGAUUAUAUGACCGAAGAUAUCUUGAAUAUAAUGCGUCGUAUUUCUGCAAAUCAGGAAUUACUCAUUACACUGGAAAUGUAUAACGAGGUGGCUACGCGAGCACUGCAACACUUAUAUUUAAUUAACACAAUUUGUAGCUAG